GGUAAUGACCCUUCAACUUGUUCUUCGUUUGUUUCAUGCAUGUGAGAGAUUAUAUAGGAUCGAGAUCGUAAUCUCUAAUCUCUCUCUUUAUUUUUGUUUUGUUCGAUUUGGUGUCUCGGAUGGCGAGGGAGCUGUAGUUGACGGAGGCGGAGCUCUCCUCGACGGCGACAGAGCUCUUCUGGAAGGUGACGAUGGCGAUAGAGCUCUUCACGGUGGCUCUCCUCGAAGCAAAGGCUGCGUGGAUCCACGGUACAAGAGGAAGGAUCCUCAAAGCAGAGGAGCAAUGUCUGAGCUUUACAGAGUACUCGCUAUGUUGAUCUCCUUACGAGUCAACAUGGUGUAUUUGGGACUGAAGAAACUGAAGAUAGUGCAUCGCAAGUCCCUGUCUUUGGGACUCAAGUAACUGAAGAAAAUAGCAACCCUGAAGAGAGUCCUGCACGGAAGGAACCACGGAGGAUGUGGACGCCUGUUGAAGAUAUAGUACUCAUCAGCGCCUGGCUUAACACAAGCAAAGAUCCAGUGGUGGCAAAUGAGCAACGGCAAGGGGCAUUUUGGAAAAGGAUAGCCGCUUACUUUGCGGCAAGUCCCAAGAUUGCAGCCGGUGCCCACCGAGAAGAAGGAAACUGCAAGCAGCGUUGGCACAAGAUCAAUACACAAGUGAACAAGUUCUGUGGGGCUUUUGAAGCAGCACUUGACACAAUGAAUGUGGAGGAGCGUUCCCCGGGUGUUAAGGCAGCAAAAGCUAAGCUGAAGAAGAAUGGGAAGAAUGGCGACUUGAAGGAAACGCUUUCAAAGUUUGAGGGCAUGUGGGAAAUAAAACAGAAAGACUUGGUCUCCAAGGAAAGGGUAACAACAAAGCGGUUACUUGAGAGCUUAAUUGCAAAGAAAGAAGCCUUAGAUGAGUCUGAAGUUGCUCUAAAGAAAAAGCUCAUUGAUGAGUUGUUGUUUAACUAGUUUAAGAGUUUGUUUAAGUGUUGUCUUGCAUGUUUUAAGAAUUUGUUUAAGAGUUUGUUUUAGUUAAGUUGAUCAUGUUCUUGUUGUUGUUCCUCUGUUUAAUAUAUGAAAUUGUUAUGUUUCUUUGUUGUU